AUUCUUGCAGCGGAGCAUAAUAUUGAAGUGGAAAAGAAGAAAAAAGAGAGGAUAAUUUCGGAUAUACUCACAGAACAAGUUCCUUCAUCUACUCUAACACCGAUCAUCAAGCAGGCAGUUCAAGUGGGCGAUGUGACGAUUCCCAGUGAAGAAAAUGAAAACCUCCCACCCUUCAAUAGAGUAACUUACACCAUCAGUGACCAGACCAAAUUUCCGAUAAUCAAAUUUGGACAGAUUUACGAUUUUAUGGUGACAAGACCUACGUAUUCAGGGACAACAACUCAAAAUUUCAAGGGCCUUGACAAGGCAGUCAAACACUAUGAUGCUGGUGACAUCCAAGAAGUAGGGAUGGCACAGAUCAAUGAACAGACAACUUAUAUCCGAGCAAUGUGUCAAGCAUCCAUGAAGAAACAAAGAUACCAGGUGUAUAUAUGCACUUUGAAAACAGAUAGUGGGGAUUUUAUGGUGCAAUAUGGAUACUGUCAGUGUCCUAUAGGGUUAGCACAGUCAUGUAGCCAUAUUGGCAGUCUUUUAUUUGCAUUGAGCAGAGCUAAAGUUGGAAUAACAGAAGCAGAGAGCUGUACCUCUAAAUCCUGUACAUGGAAUGUUCCGAGGAAAGAUGUACAACCAAGACCGUUAUGUUACAUGGCAUCAAAGAAACCAAAGUUGGCUUCUUCAUCUGAGGAAGGGAAUGCAGGUACAUCAGAGACUGGUUAUACCACAUUCCAGUCUUUUGACCCACGCCAUACAGCUGACCGUACUGUAAAUCUGGACAUAACACUACAACACUUAAUGGAACUGAAGAAUGAUUUUCCUAAUACAGGCAUGUCUCAUUUAUGGAAUAUUCCUGAAUCUACUCCUGAUGUACACCAAGAAGUGGAGAUGGAUACUUGGGUUGACCCAAUGGAAAGAAAGAUGAAAGAAAUGCUAUAUACAGAAAACAGCUUACCUCCACCAUCAAUAGAAAGAGAGCUGGUUGACUAUAUAGAGAGCAAUACCAGGUUGCAGAGAGGGAGUACAGUGUGGAGAGAUCUACAUAUAGGAAGGAUAACCAGUUCCAUAUUUGGUGAUGUAAUUGCAGCAGGAAGGAGUCCGAAUUCUCUCAUAAGACAAAUAACUGAGGGAUCCUCCCUUGAUAGGUAUUCAUCACUUCCAGAGGUUAUUCAGUGGGGAAUAGACAAUGAGGACAGGGCAAGAGCCCAGUAUAUAGAACUGAAGCAAUGUAUGCAUGAUGAUUUCAAAGUCGAGACCGCAGGGUUAACUUUAAACAACAUCUACUCUUUUCUAGGAGCAACUAGUGAUGGCAUAGUGAUUGAAGGAGAUAGUGUUGGUCUCCUAGAAAUUAAAUGUCCAUUUUCCCAGAAGGGAGUGAGGGUCAACACAUUGGAAAUUGACAUGAUUCUUGGGAUGAAUGACCCUAGUUUUUGUUUGAUUUAUACACCUGAUGGCCCAACAUUGAACCCCAAUCACAAAUAUUAUGCACAAGUCCAAGGUGAAAUGGCAAUAAAAGAACUUCCUUGGUGUGACUUUGUUCUGUGGACAGCAGCAAAAGAAAACAACAUUUGCAUUGACAGGGUGUACUUUAAUGCUGAAUUUGUACAAAACAUGCUACAAAAACUUGUGAAAUUCUAUAUGGAUAAAAUUUUUCCAUUCUUUUAUCAGUAAACACAGUAAACAAUUUAAAGAAUAAGUAUAAUAGUUAAGGCAAUUUGAGGGUAUAACUGCAUAACAUCACCCUAUUGAUUUUUUGUCAAAAAUGUCAUCAAGAUAAUCAUUGUUGUGUUUGUGUAACUAUUUUUUCUAAUCUUUAAAAUGCAGAAAUUCUUUAAAAUAAAACUUGUAUGUGGCAAUUUAGUAUAUUUGAGAUUAUAUCAAAGGGAGAUAAUAUAUAAUUUGCAUAUACAACAUGAACUACCAAAUUUUAAUGAGCUAUAUGACCAUUAAUUUUUUCUUUUUAAUUCUAAGUUUAAUUCUAAAAAUGACAAAAUUAAUGAAUCUGUAUAAUUUCUUUCAUUCAAAAACUUAUCCAUCGUGAAACCAAUGAUUUGAUGUUUGCGUUUACCCUCAAAGUACUCCUUAAAAUGAUUUUAAAGUGACAAAAGAAUGUCUGGAAAUUGCACUGUAAUAAAAAAAACAUUGAACAAGAA